GACAUUGUACCAAGUUGAAGGUGAAAGGUAUCCCAACCACCAGCCCCAGUUUGCUUUCUCGCUUGCUCUCCGGUCUUGAACGAGGGUGACAUGUCUGUGUUCAGCGAAGUACCACAGGCCGCUCCAGUGGCUGUCUUUAAACUAACUGCAGAUUUCCGAGAAGACAAAGAUCCUCAUAAGGUUAAUCUUGGAGUCGGAGCGUACAGGACAGACGACUGCCAACCAUGGGUUCUGCCGGUGGUGAAGAAAGUGGAGCGGAUGAUUGUGGAGGACCAGAGCCUCAACCAUGAGUACCUGCCCAUCCUGGGGCUGCCUGAGUUCCGCUCCAGCGCCUCCAAGAUCGCCCUGGGAGAUGACAGCCCCGCCAUCCUGGAAAACAGGGUUGGAGCUGUGCAGGGUCUGGGAGGGACCGGCGCGCUGAAGAUCGGAGCUGAGUUUCUGCGACGCUGGUACAACGGUCAGAACAACACGGCGACCCCGGUCUACGUCUCCUCGCCAACAUGGGAGAAUCACAACGGCGUUUUCUCUGAUGCCGGCUUCAAGGAUAUCCGGACAUACAGGUACUGGGAUGCUGAGAAACGUGGGCUGGCAUUGGCUGGGUUGCUGGAAGACCUGCAGAAUGCCCCGGAACGUUCCAUCUUUGUGGUGCACGCCUGCGCUCACAACCCCACGGGCACCGACCCCAACCCGGAUGAGUGGAAGAAGAUCGCAGAGGUCAUGAAGCGCAGGAACCAUUUUGUCUUCUUUGACUCGGCGUACCAGGGCUUUGCCUCUGGGAGCCUGGAGAAGGACGCCUGGGCCGUCCGCUACUUUGUGUCCCAGGGAUUCGAGCUCUUCUGCGCCCAGUCCUUCUCCAAGAACUUCGGUCUUUACAACGAGAGGGUGGGGAACCUCACCGUCGUCGCCAAGGACAACGAGAACCUGACCCGGGUCCUGUCCCAGAUGGAGAAGAUCGUCAGGACCACCUGGUCCAACCCCCCCUCGCAGGGAGCCCGUCUGGUGGCCAUCACCCUGACCACCCCCGAGCUGUUUGCCGAAUGGCAGGGUAAUGUGAAGACCAUGGCGGACAGGGUGCUGCUGAUGAGGGCGGAGCUGAAGGCCAAGCUGCAGGCGCUGGGCACCCCGGGCACCUGGGACCACAUCACCCAGCAGAUCGGCAUGUUCAGCUUCACCGGCCUCAACCCCAAACAGGUGGAGUACAUGAUCAAGCAGAAGCACGUCUACCUGAUGGCCAGCGGCCGCAUCAACAUGUGCGGCCUGACGACGAAGAACAUCGAUUACGUCGCCCAGUCCAUCCACGAGGCUGUCACCAAGGUCCAAUAAGGGCCCGUCCACAGAAGCCCCGCCCACUGUCACUUCCCGCCCGUGCACUAGUGACGGGGGCCUGAGGCUUCACGAACCCCGUAUCCUCCUAUGUCUGACUCCUUUUUAUGAAAUGUAGUGUUUUGCCAUGGAGGACACACAGUCACUCUGACUGUACACAGUAACCCCACCCAUUUUGGGGUUCGCGAAGCCUCACUCUCCCACCACAGCAGUACGUCCUGAACCCUGGGUGGGAGGAGCGACAGUCUGUCGAUAGUCAAUACUAGAUAUGUCAUGUUUCUUGUCACCCAUCUUGUCACCUAUUUUAUUAAUUUCGGCUAAUUUCAUUUUAUUUUAUUUUUUUGUAAUGGCCUGUAGCUUUCAGUCCAUGAAACAAGCACUUAGAUCAGAGCUGUCAAACUCAAAUGGAGGGCUGGAGGGCUGCAGUGUCUGCAGGUAUUUGUAGUUCUUGUCAAUUAAGCCAAUUAAGGCUGUGAGAACAGGAUGCAUGGAUUCUUUUGCCAGUCGACAAUUAAAAUGAAUCGCUGGUACUGAAAUGCACAGAAAACCAGCAGGCACUGUUCCAUCCAAGACUGGAGUCUGACACCUGUGACUUGGAUCAUGACAUUUCAAUGGUCCACGUGGCCACCAGGCCUUUCUCAAAACAGCAAAAUUCAGCUGUGUUUAUUGUAGAGUGGCUUGGCCUUGUUGUCUUAAGAAAAGCUAGGAAACUACCUAACCCUCAUAAAAACAUUAUUAUUCAGUUUUACGUUUUAAACCGUUUUAAGCACAAUGGUCCAUGCAAUGUGACUGUUUUGACAGGUUGACUACCAUAUGCACUUUGCUGCUCGUGUCAGUGUAGGCUACAUGGUACAUGUUUAAUCUGUUACAGUUACAUCACCAAGCCUUAUAAAGCCUAAUUUAAUUAACAGGAACUCUGUUGUGUGCCUGCAGGCUACACAGUGGAGCAUUGUGGGAAAUUAAUUUAAGUCUGUUCAGCGUGAAAGCAUUGUGACACUUUCCUCUAUUGAGCACAUGAAUGUACAUGGUAAACUGAAGAGGUUGAACUGCGUUUUCCAGACCCAAUCCUGGUCAAAAAUUCACAUUAUACUCUUCAGCUGAAGUAGUUUCACUGAGGAGGUUCUGAAGGCUGAUUUUUAUCCAAGGUCUAGUGAUUAUUAUUCAUAUUUAUCGCUUUCAGAUUUUUAUAAACCUUAUUUCCUUCUAUUCUUUUUCUGCUAUUCUUGGUAUUCUCGAUCACAACUUGUAAUUCGGUCCCAUCACCGCAACGUUGUCGUGUCAGUUUUGGCGUGCACAGGCAAGCAUGUACAGCCCAGACAUGCGUGCAGCCUGCUAAAGCUAGUUCUCACUCUGCAGUCUACAUUCUGUGCUACGCUGCCAUUGGUUCACAACAGAACCCUGCACCUGCUAUGCAGAUAGCGCAGGUGCAGUAGAUGCAAUGCACCUAGUCGCCAAAAGGGGUCAUCAUUGCGCAAUGAAGCAGGGAUUACGCUGCCGUCCAUUCUUACGCGACGCUAUGCCAGGUUAAUGACCUUGAAGGACUCCCAGCCUGGCAGCACUGGUUUGGUCAUACUGAUUCACCAGUAAGUGGCAUGGCACCUAAUUGUACCACAGACUAAUGCUUUACCAAGAAGAGCCAGCUAGGGGCUCAUAUCAUGUCUGAAAUAAGGCUACAUUCAGGCUAUAUUCUCCAAUUGAUAUCUUGAGGAUAUCAGAAACGUGCAAUAUAAAAAUAGAAAUAUAUUGAUAUAUACAGUACAUAUAUAGACAUGUGGAUCCCCAGCUCCUUACCUUCAGCCCUAGCCCACCCUUUUAAAAAUGGAAGGUAUGUUGCAGUUUUGUUGGAACAUUGUAUGAUGUAUGAUUACAGCCGAUGGAACAGUUCUCAGCUCAGUACAAUCAAAUGAGAUUCAGUGAUUCAAUAGUAUAUGACUGAAAGCACAGUUACUUAAAAAUAAAAUGUUAUUAUAUCCUG